GAUUUUUUUUUUUUCUCUCGAAGCAGAGCUGGGCUGGUGGCUGCUUCAAUCAAAGGGAAGGCAGAGAGGGAAGGGAGGCUCUGCGGGGUGAGAUGUAAGAUGGCAGAGCUACAAAUGUUGUUAGAGGAAGAGAUUCCGGCCGGCAAGAGAGCGCUCGUGGAGAGUUAUCAAAACCUGACCAGAGUAGCGGACUACUGCGAGAACAAUUAUGUCCAGGCUCAGGACAAGAGGAAAGCUCUGGAGGAGACCAAAGCCUACACCACCCAGUCCCUGGCCAGCGUGGCCUACCAGAUCAAUGCCUUAGCCAACAAUGUGCUCCAGCUGCUGGACAUCCAGGCCUCGCAGCUGCGGCGCAUGGAGUCAUCCAUCAACCACAUCUCCCAGACGGUGGACAUCCAUAAAGAGAAGGUGGCCAGGCGGGAGAUCGGGAUCCUGACAACCAACAAGAACACGUCGAGGACCCAUAAGAUCAUAGCGCCGGCUAAUAUGGAGCGACCGGUGAGGUACAUCAGGAAGCCCAUCGACUACACUGUACUGGACGACGUCGGCCACGGCGUCAAAUGGCUAAAAGCCAAGCAACAUGGAAACAAUCAGUCGAUCAGAGGAGGAACACUAUCGAGGACCAACCCGCCGACGCAGAAACCACCGAGCCCUCCCAUGUCAGGGCGCGGCACGCUCGGACGCAACACGCCCUACAAGACCCUGGAGCCAGUGAAGCCGCCCACGGUGCCCAACGACUACAUGACCAGCCCCGCCCGCCUGGGCAGCCAGCACGGCCAACAGCACAGCCCGGGCCGUACGGCGUCGCUCAACCAGAGGCAACGCACACACAGCGGGAGCAGCGGGGGGAGUGGCAGCAGGGAGAACAGCGGCAGCAGCGGUAUUGGCAUUCCCAUCGCCGUGCCUACACCCUCCAUCCCCAACUCUGGACCAGUGGUGGCCCCCGGGCCUGGUCUGGGCCCCGCUCCAAUGUCCCAGUUUGGAACCAUCUCGCGGCAGAUUUCACGGCACAACCCCUCCAACUCCUCUGUCUCUAUGGUUUCGGCCACGGGCACCUACCGCCGGGCGCCUUCGGUCACUUCCCAGUUCUCCUUGCAGCAGCAGCAGCAACUCCAACAGCAGCAGCAGCAGCAGCAACAGCAACAGCAACAGCAGCCUCACAUUAACGGAGGCACUCCAGGCUAUGGCCAGAACUCAAUGUCUAUCGCUCCUCCUCCUCCCCCCAUGCCCCAGCUGACUCCACAGAUACCUCUGACUGGCUUUGUGGCCAGGAUGCAGGAGAGCAUUGCAGAUACCCCCACUCCCCCUCCACCUCCUCCUCCAGACGACAUGCCGAUGUUCGAUGACUCUCCUCCUCCUCCUCCACCUCCUCCGGUUGAUUACGAGGAGGAGGAUGCAGCUGUCGUGCAGUACAACGACCCCUACGCUGAUGGAGACCCACAGUGGGCCCCUAAGACCUACAUGGAGAAAGUGGUGGCCAUCUACGACUACUCAAAAGACAAAGACGACGAGUUGAGUUUCAUGGAGGGCGCCAUCAUCUACGUCAUCAAGAAGAAUGAUGACGGAUGGUUUGAGGGCGUCUGCAACGGCGUCACCGGCCUCUUCCCUGGCAACUAUGUGGAAACCAUCAUGCACUACGCCGACUGAAGAGACCCGGCAGUAUCAGUACGGUCUAUUUAUUCAGUCACAACAUAAUCCAACGACAGACUGACAGCAGCAAUCUCCACUCAUGAGACGCAUAGACGUAACUGUAUGAUUCCCUUUUUGAUAUGACAGAAUGUUCUUUCCCUUACUGAUUGCAAAUAAAAUGAAAGUAAUA